CCCCCAAAACUAUAACUACAACAAGCGAGCGCCUAAAGAACCGGUCAAUAUGAUAGAGCUUGGACCCACAUCUGCUGAUGCCAAUUGAAUCCAUAGCGCUCUUCUGUCUAAUAGUAGCAAUUAAACUCGGGUCCGCAAAAAUGCCAAUACACUUAAAGUGCUAGAAGAGUUCAAGUGUCUUUCUGCAGUUCCUGUGGUAUAAGAGCGACGAUCCCUUCCCCAUGUUUAGGAGAUCUGUACCUUGCCUUACCUUAAUUUUGCUACCGAAAAAGUACGGGUUGUUGUUUUACUGUGCUCUUGUUCAAGUCAUUCGCUACGCUUGAUCAUCUCAGUCUCUCGCUAUAUAAUUCAAAGAUCUAUUAAUUCAAUUAAUCACAUCGCAAACGUAAUCAUGCUCUUCACCUCCAUCGCUCCUCUCCUCCUUCUGGCGGCCAAAGCCAGCGCAGCCGGAUGCAAAGGAACCUACACCUACGGCUUCUGUGAGCCAGAUCGGAUCGUGCGCUACUACGACCCCGAAGAUGGCAUGAUCUGUUCCAUGAGAGAUUGCGGAGGAGGCCGCGCACCCCCAAAGACAACCGAUCCAUGCUGCAACGCCUACAAGGGAACCGAAACCUGCGACCCCAACCCGCCACCGACCUACCUCCCCUGCUUCUCGCAGCUCCAAGCGUCCACCGCAGGCACGCUCCGUUCGUCCGCACCUGAAGUCACGCCCACGGCCUCGGCCUCGGCCACGGCUACAGUCACAUCGUCGUCGUCCUCUACCGACCUUUCCGCGCUCUCACCUUCGGCAACGCCGCCUCUUGCAGGUCUUCCUACUAUCAGCGGCCUCGGCAGUGUGAGACCUACUAUCACGAACGCCCCUUCUGUCAAUGGGACGAUUACUACUGGUGGACCUAGCGGUGCUUCUGGAUCGCAGAGCUCAUCGGCUCCCGCAGAACAGACGAGCAAUGCUGCAUAUGCGCUGCGCUAUGACUUGGUCGGUGCCAUUGCUGGCUUCGUUGGAGCCAAUAUGGUGGCUUUGGCUUAG